GCGGCAUCUUUUCAUCUAAUAAAAUGUCUCUGGUGGUGGUGGCGUUGCAUGGAUGUUCCUCUUGGAUCCCACAGAGACAGAGGAGCGAUGAGAAUUUUUUUUUCUUCCUUACAUCAGCACUGCGCCAAAACGGACAGUUCCAUCCCGCCUCCCCUGCUCAGGCUUCAUAAAGCGACUCAAACGCGCUAUCACUUCCAGCAGAAACACUUCGAAAAAGUUAAAGGAGCUUGUUUUUUGGCGUGUUUCCCAUUGAGACAUCUGCAGCCGGAUAGCUGGGUGUGAAGAUACAGCCUAUAAGCAGGGUGACAUCGAUUGGGACGGUCCUGCUGCUGCUAUAAAAAGGUGGGGGGGACACUCCGCAGCCUGAGUUCCGCUCCUUACAUCCUCAAACGCCAAAAUGAGUUACGGAUCCGAUGUCUAUUCUUCUUCAUCCUACCGGAAGAUUUUCGGAGAGUCUCCGCGUUUCUCGACGUCCCCGUCCAGAAUGAGUGCCCCCCGAAGCGGCUACCGGUCCGUGUCUAUGUCCAGGACCACCAGCUCGAGUCUGGGCUCCUAUAAGCGCAUCGGGCGCACCGGCUUCCCAUCAUCGACCUCUCCGAUGGGGAUGGACACGUUUGACUUCGCGCAGAGCACCGCGCUGAGCAACGAGCUCAAGAUAGUUCGCACAAACGAGAAGGAGCAGAUGCAGGGCUUGAACGACCGCUUCGCCUCGUUCAUCGAGAAAGUGCGCCACGUGGAGCAGCAAAACAAGGCGCUGGAGGUCGAACUUGCGGCGCUGCGUCAGCGUCACGCGGAGCCGUCGCGUCUCUCCGACCUCUACCAACAGGAGAUCCGGGAGCUGCGUGCGCAGCUGGAGCAGGUUUGUGCCGAGCGAGAGCGCGCUGCGCUGGAGCGCGACGCCGCAGAAGAGGAGCUGCACAAGGCGCAGGAGCGUUGCGAAGAGGAAGCGCGCCGGCGCGACGAGGCCGAGCGCACGCUGCAGGCUUUCCGCAAGGAUGUAGACGACGCGUCUCUGGCGCGACUCGACUUGGAGAGGAAGGUCGAGUCACUGCUGGACGAGAUCGGCUUCCUGCGCAAGGUGCACGACGAAGAGGUGGCCGAGCUCACCAGCGUCAUCCAGGCGUCGCAGGUGUCCGUGGAGCUCGAGGUGACCAAGCCGGAUCUAACCUCCGCUCUCAAGGAGAUCCGCACGCAGUACGAGUCGCUCGCCUCUAAAAACCUCCAAUCCGCCGAGGAGUGGUACCGCUCCAAGUUCGCCGACCUGAACGAGCAGGCGAGCCGCAGCAACGAGGCGAUCCGCGCCAGCCGUGAAGAGGUCAACGAGUUCAGGCGUCAGCUGCAGUCCAGGACCAUCGAGAUCGAGAGCCUGCGCGGCACCAACGAGUCCCUGGAGCGGCAGCUCCGCGAGAUGGAGGAGCGGCACAACCUCGAGGUCGUCGGCCUUCAGGACGCAAUUGGUGAGCUGGAGAAUGAGCUAAGGACCACUAAGAGCGAGAUGGCUCGUCACUUGAGGGAAUACCAGGACCUUUUAAAUGUCAAGAUGGCCUUGGAUAUUGAGAUUGCUGCUUACAGGAAACUUCUGGAAGGAGAGGAGACCCGCCUAAGCACGGGCAUCACCUACUCAUUUCCAGGCUCCCAGAGCUACAACUACCAGAGCCGUGUCUAUACCAGCUCUACCAAGAGCACCAAGAAGGAGAGAGGAGAGGAUGAGGACAAACCGAUUGGUGGGUCCGAAAACUCCGUUUCCAAGAAGGCUGAAAAGCAUGAUUCUGGAGAGGCUGAUGUUGCCACUUCGAAGAACUAAGUCUCAUCUCCCUCCUUAUUGCACCCCCCCCCCCCCCCCCCCCCCCCAGUCUCCUUCACUAGGAAUGUCUCAGAGAGGAAUCCAGUGUAUCCGUGUAUCAGCUCUCUCUUUCUCUCUCCACUUAUCGAAUACAGCACUCUCAGUAACAGGGCGUCUGUCCCCUUAAGAUAGACAGCACACUCUUUAGGCACAAUCCACUCUUUCUCUCCGCUACUCUUACUUGUUAGCUGAUCAGGUCUGCGUUGUUUUGCAUAGGUGUUGUCUUAAAAAUAAACCCUUAAGUGCACUAACACAGGCUACGCUCAUCACAUUCCAGAAAGCUUAUGUGCAUGUGUGUGAACAUGCACAAUGCAUUCAGGACAAAAUCCUAAUCUGUUCACAAAUUUGUCAAUAGUCACUAUUCAUUAUACAGAAAAGAAAUCAGCACACUACAUGGCCAUCCCAAUUUAUUUAUUUAUCUUGCUGUAUGCCAGGGGUAUUCAACUCCGAUUUGUGAAAAUUCCUUGCUUACAAAGGUCUGGUUAAGCAACUAACAUAAUUGUUCACAACAGUUCUUUAAUGCGUUAUCUUUUAAUGCUUAACCACUUAUGAUUCGUUCAUGGCUAAAAAUAAAACACAAAUCCACAGUGGUUAUGUUUUGUUUCACAUUGGUGAUUCAUGUGACCACUUUUGACUAUAGGCACGGAUUCUGAACAGAUAAGAUGCAUCUGUUUUGAAAAUUCUUCUCUGUCCGGUCAUGUUUAUAGUCUGUGAAAAGUCUUCCCUUCCCCAAGAAGCUGACUUCAGCUGAACAAUGGACAUAAAUGCAUUUGAUUGGAUGAGCCGCAAUAGAGGAUAUGUUACAGAUGGCAUGUUGGUUCAUGUUUAAAACUAGACGUGGUUCUGCUACAGUAAAAUACUUUGAUAUUGGUCCGCCAGUUGAUCACCCCUGCUGUACACCAUGGCAUUACUCUUACUUGCGGAUUCUUUCCGUAGUCUCAGAUAUUUUGUUACAUCUGAAAGUUCAGUCGUUCUACUCUUCCUACCAUUAGCUGCGUUUGAUUCAUGAUCUGCAUUCACACAUGUGUGCAUGGUAACAAUGCAUCCCAGAUCACUUUCUCCAAAACCUAUUGCCAAAGCACGAAAUUCCUCUCCAAGACUAGUCAUGGUGCCAAUCUGACUCUCCCCUGCUUGAAAAUGAAUUGAGUGCAAGCAGCAGCUGAUAUUAAUGCAUGAUGUUUAUUCCCUGUUUGCAUGUCAAGUGUAUGUGUGUAUGGGCCAUCCAGCAAUCCUUAAUUACAACGCUGUUCUUUUCUCAAAUCAUUCAUCCUGCAAUGUCAAUCAUGCAUUGAAUCACAGUAUCAGCUAAUUAGUGCACAAUGCUGCUUGGUAUGCGUGAUAGUAACACAUGAUUAUUCAGGACACAAAUGUAUUAGGAUGUUACUUAAACUAGGCUUGGGAAAGAAAUACAAAAUAUGGUAAACAAUUUAAACAGACUCUCCCGAGUACCAUUUGCCCUAUCGUCAGGAGAUCACAAGUUCAAAUCCUGAUGAUGCCACAGCCAUCCUUGGCCUGAAGGCAAGGGAGCAAAAUUGGCUGUUCUCUCUAGGUGGAUGGGAGGGAUGGCAUAAUCUCUCUCCCCUGUCAAUCAAAGUGACACUAGCCAAACAUAGGUGCUUGUAAGUUCAUGUAUGGGGAAGAGAGCAGUAGCCCUUUCCUCAGAGUGUUUUACGCUACCCUGUGACACAGCAUGAGCAGCAGUUUGGUGGGUGGAAAUUGGCAGGUGACCAAAUUGGGGAGAAAAAUAGGUGAAAAAAAGGUAAUGGUGAAAGUACGAGUCUUGCUUUUGAGUUCGAGGACAAACAUAUAAAAAAAAUUAGCACAAAUGUAGCAUGGGCUACUGAAAGGCAUUAUUUAAAUGAGAAUGUUACAUGUAUACACGAAUGUACCAUCAUCCAUAAUCGCCGCAUAACAAAAAUGCACAACAUAACACACACACACAAAAAAAAAAACCCACAAGCCAUUCUUAAAAACCUCGCUUUCUAUUACAAAAGGAAUAUAAUUUAUAAGGAAUGGCUCAGCUUAAACCUAUACUCUUCAAUACAACUUUUCAAAUACUGUAAGUCCAGACAUAGACUUAGAUCAACAACAUCGAUGCACAAAGCAAAGCUUCCCUUAAGUAUCAGUUUGCAUUAAUUAACUAAUAAUCAGUACUAGCUUGAAUCUUUUCUAACUCUACUUGAUCACUGCCAGGUCUUGACACCACUUGCCUCAAGGCACUAUAGGCCUGACUUACUGCACUCUUCACUGUGAUCAAAUCAACUGUACUGCAGCAUGUUAUAGAGGUUUACUUUUUUCACUGGAUAGUCUUUGGAGAAAAUGAUAAAGGUGAUAAAUAUGGUAGCUUGCAUAUAUGGAAUCAUCCAAACAGUUCCCCAUUAAAAAGUUAAAAAGGUUGUAUGAAAGGUUCUGGGAAAUAUUGAAGUUUGUCCAUCCCUUUCCUUUGGGGAUCCACUGUCGUGUACUGUAAGUGAUUCCUGUGCUGACACACUUCAUUUAAGUAAUUAAGCAUCUGAUAAUGAGUUGACAAGCUAGAACAAGUGUGUUAGCACAGUGGGGGAAAAAAACAAAAACAAAAAUGUGCUAUUUAUGAGUCUCCAAAACUGCAUAUCACAUUGGAACUUUUGGUCUUAAGUAUAAAUGAAAACUUCUCUCAAGGCACUUUUCACUUUUAGGUGUCUACGUAAAUAAUAAUAUGUGGAAGAUGAAAUGUUAAUAUAUUUAAACCUUCGCAACUCGCUUCCGAUGAAAAAAAAAAAACAACAACAACAAAAAAAAAACACAGCCAACACAAAUCCGAUGAGCAAUCUUUAACAAAUACAAAAGGCACAAAAGUCAAUGUUACUCAAUGCUUUAGGUUAUCAAAUUGCCUUAAAUCACCAGCAGCUUGCUGAAGCUAUCAGUGUGUGGGUUUGUGUGUUGUGUCUGCUAAGAAUGUGCUCCGUUGAUUGUUCUCUCUAGAUACUACAAUGUUACAAUGAAUAACUUAUAAAAUGAUGUCCGUAGGAACUGAAUGUAGAUUAUGCACUGUAGUCUUUAUCCUUUAUCUUACUGCUGUAUCACCAAUGACCAAUAAAGACUUAGCAUUAUGAAGUCCA